AUGUUUUUUACCAACGAGAGGAGAACACUGAUGGGAGGAUGCACAUUUGAUGAUGGUCCUGGGCCCUGUGACUACCACCAAGACUUGUAUGAUGAUUUCGACUGGGUCCAUGUCAGUGCUCAAGAGCCUCACUAUUUGCCACCUGAAAUGCCUCAAGGAUCAUAUAUGAUAGUGAUUUCAUCAGACCACGACCCUGGGGAAAAGACUCGACUUCAGCUUCCAACAAUGAAAGAAAACGAUACUCACUGCAUCGAUUUCAGCUACCUUCUGUACAGCAAGAAUGGAGGAAACCCAGGGACUUUGAACAUCCUCGUUAGGGUGAACAAAGGACCACUGGCUAAUCCCAUCUGGAAUGUCACUGGCUCCACUGGCAAAGACUGGCUUCGAGCAGAGUUGGCUGUCAGCACUUUCUGGCCUAAUGAGUAUCAGGUAAUAUUUGAAGCUGAAGUCUCAGAUGGAAGAAAUGGCUACAUUGCCAUUGAUGACAUCCAGGUCCUGAGUUACCCUUGUGAUAAAUCUCCGCACUUUUUGAGGCUGGGGGAUGUAGAGGUCAAUGCAGGGCAGAAUGCUACAUUUCAGUGCAUUGCUACAGGGAGAGAUGCAGUGAAUAACAAGUUAUGGCUCCAGAGAAGAAAUGGGGAAGAUAUUCCAGUUGCUCAGACUAAAAAUAUCAAUCACAGAAGAUUUGCAGCUACCUUUAAGUUGCAAGAGGUGACAAAAACUGACCAGGAUUUAUACCGCUGUGUAACUCAGUCAGAGAGAGGUUCUGGAGUCUCAAAUUUCGCUCAACUUAUUGUUCGAGAGCCACCUCGGCCAAUAGCACCCCCGCAGCUGCUGGGCGUUGGGCCGACAUACUUGCUCAUCCAGCUGAAUGCCAACUCGAUCAUUGGGGACGGCCCCAUUAUCCUGAAAGAAGUGGAGUACCGGAUGACAUCCGGGACUUGGACCGAGACCCAUGCUGUCAACGCACCAACGUACAAGCUUUGGCACCUGGACCCUGACACCGAAUAUGAGAUUCGGGUCCUGCUCACCAGACCGGGCGAAGGUGGGACAGGGCAGCCGGGACCACCACUCAUCACCAGGACCAAGUGUGCUGAACCUAUGAGAACACCAAAAACACUGAAGAUUGCUGAGAUCCAGGCUAGACACAUCGCUGUGGAUUGGGAAUCUCUGGGUUACAACAUCACUCGUUGCCAUACUUUCAAUGUCACUAUAUGCUACCACUACUUCUGUGGACACAAUGAGAGCAAAGCAGACUGCUUGGACAUGGACCCCAAAGCACCUCAGCAUGUUGUGGAUCAUUUGCCUCCCUACACAAAUGUCAGCCUCAAGAUGAUCUUAACCAACCCAGAAGGGAGGAAGGAAAGCGAGGAGACCAUUAUCCAGACAGAUGAAGAUGUGCCAGGCCCUAUACCUGCCAAAUCAGUGAAAGGAACUCCUUUUGAAGACAAGAUCUUCCUCAACUGGAAGGAGCCUGUGGAUCCAAAUGGCAUCAUUACUCAGUAUGAGGUCAGCUAUAGCAGUAUACAGUCAUUUGAUCCUGCAGUUCCAGUGGCAGGACCUCCACAAACAGUAUCCAAGCUGUGGAACAGCACACACCACGUCUUUUCUCACCUGCACCCUGGUACUACGUACCAGUUCUUCAUACGUGCGAGCACCGUCAAAGGGUUUGGACCAGCAACUACGAUCAAUGUAACAACCAACAUCUCAGCUCCCACUUUACCAGACUAUGAAGGAGUCGAUGCAUCUCUCAAUGAAACUGCUACUACAAUAACUGUACUCUUGAGACCUGCACAGGCCAAAGGUGCACCUAUCAGUGCCUACCAGAUUGUUGUUGAAGAGCUGCACCCACACCGAACAAAGCGAGAAACUGGUGCCAUGGAGUGCUACCAAAUCCCUGUCACCUAUCAGACUGCUCUUAGUGGAGGGUCACCAUAUUACUUUGCUGCUCAGCUGCCCCCAGGAAACCUGCCAGAGCCAGCCCCCUUUACUGUGGGUGACAACAGGACAUACCAAGGUUUCUGGAACCCGCCGCUGGCUCCUCGAAAAGGCUACAACAUCUAUUUCCAGGCCAUGAGCAGCGUCGAGAAGGAAACCAAAACUCAGUGUGUUCGAAUAGCUACAAAAGCAGCAGCAACAGAGGAACCUGAGGUGAUUCCGGAUCCAGCUAAACAAACAGAUCGAGUGGUGAAAAUAGCAGGAAUAAGUGCUGGAAUUCUGGUAUUCAUCCUCCUUCUCCUUGUUGUCAUAUUGAUCGUCAAAAAAAGAUAUAUAACUUGGAGAAGAAACGUCUGCAUUAGAAACAUUAGGAGGAGCUACUAUUCUUACUCCUACUAUCUCAAACUUGCAAAGAAGCGCAAGGAUGCCAUGGGAACCACCCGUCAGGAGAUGACCCACAUGGUGAAUGCCAUGGACAGGAGUUACGCCGACCAGAGCACUCUGCAUGCAGAGGAUCCCUUGUCAAUCACGUUUAUGGACUCACACAACUUCAGCCCCAGAUUGCCCAAUGAUCCACUUGUGCCGACAGCUGUGUUAGUGCCUAUUACUGAUGAAAAUCACAGUGCAACAGCAGAGUCCAGCCGACUCCUGGAUGUCCCUCGUUAUCUCUGCGAAGGCACAGAAUCCCCGUACCAGACUGGGCAGCUGCACCCUGCCAUCAGGGUGGCUGAUCUCCUGCAGCAUAUUAACCUAAUGAAGACCUCUGACAGCUAUGGAUUUAAAGAGGAGUAUGAGAGUUUCUUUGAGGGGCAGUCAGCUUCUUGGGAUGUCGCUAAGAAGGAUCAAAACAGAACAAAGAACCGCUAUGGAAACAUUAUAGCAUAUGACCACUCCAGGGUGAUUUUGCAACCUGUUGAAGAUGAUCCAUCUUCAGAUUACAUUAAUGCCAACUACAUAGAUAUUUGGCUGUACAGGGAUGGAUAUCAGAGACCAAGUCACUACAUUGCAACCCAAGGUCCAGUUCAUGAGACUGUGUAUGACUUUUGGAGAAUGAUAUGGCAGGAGCAGUCAGCUUGUGUUGUGAUGGUCACAAAUUUAGUGGAAGUAGGAAGAGUCAAGUGUUACAAGUACUGGCCUGACGACACUGAAGUUUAUGGGGACUUCAAAGUGACUUGUGUUGAGAUGGAGCCUCUUGCAGAAUAUGUUGUCAGGACCUUCACUCUGGGAAGGAGGGGCUACAAUGAAAUCCGUGAAGUUAAACAGUUUCAUUUCACUGGCUGGCCAGAUCAUGGAGUUCCUUACAAUGCCACAGGCCUGCUUUCCUUUAUAAGGAGAGUCAAAUUAUCUAACCCUCCUAGUGCAGGGCCUAUUGUUGUCCAUUGCAGUGCUGGUGCUGGACGGACAGGCUGUUACAUUGUGAUUGAUAUUAUGUUAGAUAUGGCAGAAAGAGAAGGUGUUGUGGAUAUCUACAACUGUGUCAAAGCUUUGCGGUCCCGGCGCAUCAAUAUGGUACAAACUGAGGAACAGUACAUCUUUAUUCACGAUGCUAUUCUAGAAGCUUGCCUGUGUGGAGAAACUGCCAUUCCUGUCUGUGAAUUCAAAGCUGCUUAUUUUGAUAUGAUUAGAAUAGACUCUCAGACAAACUCUUCGCAUCUCAAAGAUGAGUUUCAGACCCUGAAUUCUGUGACCCCUCGCCUGCAGGCAGAGGACUGCAGCAUUGCCUGCUUGCCAAGGAACCACGACAAGAACCGCUUCAUGGAUAUGCUGCCACCUGACAGAUGUCUGCCUUUCUUAAUUACUAUUGAUGGGGAGAGCAGCAACUACAUCAAUGCUGCUCUUAUGGAUAGCUACAGGCAGCCAGCAGCUUUUAUUGUCACACAACAUCCUUUACCAAACACUGUGAAAGAUUUCUGGAGAUUAGUGUAUGACUAUGGCUGUACUUCUCUUGUGAUGUUAAAUGAAGUCGACUUAGCACAGGGCUGCCCACAAUACUGGCCCGAGGAAGGGAUACUGAGGUAUGGCCCCAUCCAAGUGGAAUGCAUGUCGUGUUCAAUGGACUGCGACGUCAUAAACCGAAUUUUCAGGAUAUGCAAUCUAACAAGACCACAAGAGGGCUAUCUGAUGGUGCAGCAGUUCCAGUAUUUGGGAUGGGCUUCUCACAGAGAUGUACCAGCUUCCAAGAGAUCCUUCUUGAAGUUAAUUCUCCAGGUUGAAAAAUGGCAAGAGGAAUGUGAAGAAGGGGAGGGCCGGACCAUCAUUCAUUGCCUAAACGGCGGUGGCCGGAGCGGGAUGUUCUGUGCCAUCGGCAUUGUGGUUGAGAUGGUAAAACGGCAGAAUGUGGUGGAUGUUUUCCACGCUGUGAAGACCUUGCGGAACAGUAAGCCAAACAUGGUAGAAACUCCGGAGCAGUAUCGUUUCUGCUACGAUGUUGCGCUGGAGUACCUGGAAUCCUCUUAG